AUGGUCUUACCAGCCAGACAGUUAGUGUUGGUAGCUCUCAUCCACCAGGGGAAAGCCCCUCAAGGGGCCAUAGCACCUAUACUGAUCCAAAGGGAUGGUUUGUUCAAACUAGAUGUGGAUGAUGAUAUCUGGCAGGAUAUUGGUCUUGAGGAUGAUUCUGUGGGAUUGCCACCAGCUUGGUUAGCUGAUGAAAGGGUGCACUUGGGGAUCAGGUCACUCCUUGAGCUGAAGAGGUGUGAGGAAGAGGAAAGGAGGCUCCUGUAUGAAAGAAAAAGCUUGAUGGAAUGGCACUCAGAAGAAUGGAGAAGGCUGGAGAAAUGCAGAGUGGAUGCAGGUGCAGAUCUUGCAUAUGCAUAUGAACUGGACUGCAGGGCUUCAGCAUUAGCAAGUCUGAGUCUCCUGUGGCAGGAAAAAUUGAGGGACUUUCCAGGAGGUGCUGAUGAGAGCUGGGAGGCAAGGGUUGAAGAAUGGAAGAAUAUGGAUUAUGCACCACUCAUCAUGGACAUGGACAGAAAUGAAGAGGUGGGAUGGGAGGACUUGGAAUCUGAAAAUGAUGAUGGGGAUGAUGAAGUGCUUGAUGGUGACUUGCUGUGUGUUGCUGAGGAAUUUGCUCUUGCAGAUGAAUAUCACCAACAGUUCAGUGAGAUGUCAUUGACAGAGUUCUCAUGGGCAGAUGACUGGGAAUUGGAUGUAUUAGAUAUGGAUCUCCCAUCAUCUCCAAGUAAAAGACCACAUAGGUAG